AUGGUCACCAAAAUAUUGAUUAUAUUCUCCUUAUGUUUGCUUGGUGUCCUGUCGCAAAACUCUUAUGUCGCAUCCAAUAUCCAAUGGUCAAACAAUGGAUUGACCGCAACAGUGAAUUACCCUGGAAAUCCAGCUCAGCCUGUCGUUGCUAAUCUUUUGCUAAAUGUGACUUUUGAAACACCACAAAGAAUAAGAUUUAAGUUAACUGAUUCUACCACCGCGAGGUGGGAAGUUCCUGACAUUGUAAUUCCUCCAAGCGCUCCUGUAACUAUUAAGCAAGCUCAAUACACGGUUAAAGUUAAUUCCAGUCCUUUUGGACUUACCAUAACAAGGAAUUCAAAUGGGCAAGUGAUAUUUAACUUGGAUCCUACCCAAGUUUUCCAGUAUAAUAAUCAAGAUAUUAUUCUCUUAAACAACUUGAAUUACGCAACCAAUUUCUAUGGAAUUGGAGAAAGAGUCACUAAUUUCCCAAUUUUGCCUGGAGUUUAUAUACUUUUUGAGCUGAUCCUAACUCAGAAAUAUUAUUUUUUUAAAACAAAUAAAAACCUUUCUUAAAUAAACUAUUAUAGCAUACCAUUUUUUCUAGAGAUGCUGCAGGACCUUAUGAUGAUGGCCAACCUCCAGGGAGUAACAUGUACAGCAACCAGCCCUUCUAUUUAGCACUCGACUCUGAAGGAAACUCUCAUGGAGGAUUUUUCUUGAAUUCUAAUGCUAUGGAUGUUUUCAUCACAAGCACAAGCAUUAAGUUCCGAACUGUUGGCGGGGUUAUCGAUUUCUUUGUAUUUGUAGGUCCUGACCCUGAAGACGUGAUAACUCAAUAUCACCAACUUGUCGGAAAUCCUGUGUUGAUACCUUAUUGGGGCUUAGGCUGGAACCAUUGCAGAUGGGGUUAUAACAACUUAACAGCGCUUCAAUGGGCUUAUAAUGGCUAUAUUAGCAAUAACAUUCCUAUAGACAUUAUGUGGACUGAUAUAGAUUAUAUGAUUGGCUAUCAAGAUUUUACAUUAGAUCCUACCAGAUACCCUUAUGAUGAGUUCCAAGACUUUAUAGACACUUUGCAUGAGGCUGGCAGAAGAUUUGUUCCUAUUACAGAUGCUGCUAUAGCACAGACUAAUUAUUUUGCUUAUAACACUGGGCUAACUCAAAACGUUUAUAUAGGAAGUGCAAACCAUCCUGGAGCUUUAGUUGGACAGGUUUGGCCUGGAAACGCUGUUUAUAUUGACUGGUUCCACCCAAAUGCUACAGGCUAUUGGCAUUCCAUGAUGUCUCAGCUUCGACAGGUAAUGGAAUUUGAUGGCUUUUGGUGCGAUAUGAACGAGCCCAGUAAUUUCUGUAACGGAGAAUGUGGCUACCCAGAGCACUAUAACAAUCUUCCUUACACCCCUGGCCAAACUGAUCUUAAUACUAAGACAAUUGAUUUGGCAGGCACCCAUUAUGGAGGCUUAAUAGAAUAUAAUGUUCAUUCCUUAUAUGGGAUUUAAGAAAUAAAAGGUGAUUUUUACGGAAAUUGGACUCUGAGCACACUCCUAUGGAGUAUGCUUACCCAUCCCGAUGGAAAUGGAAACAGUGUCUCUGUCAUUUUUGAGCUAUGUGUGUUGGAUUUGGGAAUCCUUGCCGAAAAGGGAAGUUUGUUUUUCCUGGAGGCUUUCAGGCUCCUUUUGGAUGGGUCAGACAGCUUUUUGCUAAUCGGGGCCAGAAGGUAAUCUCCUAUGGUAGUUCUACCCUAGGGAGCCAAUCUCUUAGAUAGGUGGUUCAGAUCAGAAAUCAAAAAGGGCAGCCUUCCAUUUCUUCAUUUGCACUUACUCCCCCCCCCUCGAAGUUCGACCAAGAUAUAGGGAAAAUUCCUAUUUUUUUUGGAAAAUUAACCCCCUCAAAGUUCGACCAAGACCUAUAUAAAUUUACUAGGAAAAUAAGCAAUUUUUCAAAAAUUUUAAUCUAUGUGGGGGUGAGCUUGCGAUUUUUGUAUUCAAGUUCUAAAAAAGCGUUACAAAACCAUCUUGCACUAUUUUUUCUAACCCUUACACCCUCUCAACCAUACAGAAGAAUAUGAUAAAUAUUUUUUUUUUAACUACUAAAUUAUAUAAAAAAAUUCUAUAUAAUUUUUUUUAAAAAAAUUUUUCUUAACCCCCUCGAAGUUCGACCAAAAAAAUCUUGGUCGAACUUCGAGGGGGGGAGUUAGAGGUCUAUGAAGACUGGCUUUUUGGAGCCGAAAAGGGCAAAGCUAGCAUUUACUCCGCUUAUGGCCAGCAUAUUUAAAUUUAACUUAUAUGGGAUGCAUAUGGCUAUUAAUUCUGCAAGUUUCUUUACAGAUGUCUUGAAUACUAGACCAUUUGUGAUAACUAGAAGUUCUUUUGCAGGACUUGGUAGGUCUGCAUCUAAGUGGCUUGGAGAUAAUUUUUCUCAGUUUAAUUGGAUGGCAUAUUCAAUUCCUGGGGUUUUCAAUUUUAAUAUGUUUGGAAUACCCCUUAUAGGUGCUGAUAUUUGCGGAUUUAACGAUGAUACUACACCUGAACUGUGCUCGAGGUGGUUCCAGUUAGGUACUCUUUAUCCAUUUGCUAGGCAACAUAACACCAAAGAGGCCAUUUCUCAAGAACCUUGGAUGAUGGGUCCUACUCUAUUGGAAACUGCUACAUGGGCAAUCAGAGUGAGGUAUUCACUGAUAAAUUAUUACUAUUAUCUUAUGUUCAGUGUCAGCUUGAAUGGAGGAGUAGUGUUCAAGCCAGCCUUUUUUGAGUACCCAGGAGAUGCAAAUCUGCAAGAUGUCCACUCUUCUGACAACUUCAUGGUAGGUUCUGCAUUAAUAGUCCAUCCUGUUUUAACUCAAGGCGCAACUAAUGUAACUGCCUACUUCCCAAGCGAUUUAUGGUACAACUGGUAUAAUGGCCUUCCAAUUUCUUUACCGUACAACCGCACAAUAGUUCUCAACGCUCCAUUAAGAGGUCUUGUUAACAUCCACAUGCGAGGUGGGUAUAUUAUUCCUCGAGCUGACGAUCAUCCUACAGCUAUGACCAUCCAAGAGCUUCGCUACUCCACAAUUACCCUAGUAGUUGCCCUUGACGCUGAAGGGGUUGCUUCUGGAGGCUUAGCUCUUGAUGAUGGGCUAUCAGUAAAUACCAUUUCUUCAGGAAACUACACGCUGAUGACUUACAUGUACAAGCAAGUUUCAAGCAAGCAAGGGAUCCUUUCAUUUACGUCAAGCAAUCAUAAAUACACUAACUCUCCCUCCAUGAGUGAACAAAACCAUUUGAAAAAUCCCUAUUUUUUGUCCAAAAACACACCCUCCGCGAGUGAACACAAAAAUUUUUUUAAUAGAAAAAUUUUUUAUGGAAAAAAUUUGAUAUAUAAGUGAUAAUUAGUAUAAUGAAAUUUCGAGCUAUUCUGUUUAAUUUUAAACAAAUUGCUUUUUAAACAUAAAUUUUAUAAAUUAAAUUAAUAUUUGCUUUCCAAUUUUUGCGAAUUAGAUUUUUUUAAAUUUCGAAAAAAAAUAUUUUCGAUAAAAUUAUAUAUGAAUUUUUUUAAAAAAAAAAAUUAACCCCUCCGUGAGUGAGCAAAAUUUUUUUGUUCACUCACAGAUGGGGGGAGUAAAGCAGCAGGUGAGUAUCCAGGAGUUUCCAAUGUUGUCAUUUAUGGUUGCCAAAGCCAAAUUUCAGCAGUUACUGUGAACGGCGUAAGUGUUAUGGACAACCAACAAUUUGAUGGGACCGGAAAUGUGUGUUCUGCGGAAAUCGUUGGGGUUCACCCAGACGACAUCACUCAACUUAAUUUUAGCUUUUAA